CACACAUGCCAAAUACAUUUUUUUUAAAAAGUUUCUAUCCAUCAACAGCUUAGCUACCAACUUUGAAAACUUCCUCUCGAUUUUAUAUUGCAAGUUCUUGCAAUGUAACCAUUUUUACUUGAAUAUUUUUACUGAGUUUUGUUUUGUUUCAAUUCGUCAACUCCAGUCUGUUGUUAAGGAAAAGAAAAGAGAAUUGGAAGGCAACAGCGUUGCACAACGAAAGGUGAAAAGUUUAUGCUCUCCCUUCCCCCCCGUGUGUGUGGUUGUCGCUGAGAUUUCCAGUUGGACCACCAGAAUAUUUGUUGGCAGAAACUGGAGCAAACUUAUGUAACAAUCUGCACUUUCUCAUGCUAAAUGCCGAACUUCAAAGGCAUGUUUAAUGUAUCGCGGGUGCAUAAUCUAAACACAUCAUGUAUUCAGCUGGCAUGUUCACAAAUCCCUAUGCCACAGAAGUACUGAGAACUAAAAAGAAUGAACUUGUAGAUGGAAUAAGGAACCCUGAUCAGCUUCUGAACUGGCUGAUAGAACAUGGCAUUUUUACACCGGAGAAAAAAAUGGUCUUAUCCUACUACAGAACAAGAACUGCAAAGAACUCCCGGGUCCUGGAUAUAUUGGUUUCUCAAGGUGAGCGAGCUUGCAGGCUCUUUUUUUAUCCAUGUCUGAAACAGAUUGAGCCACAGCUAUAUAACAACAUGAGGAGUUAUGUCAGCAAUGUGAAUGAAAGAAUUGGUGAUGCCAGAAGGCAACUGAUAGGGUAUCUACUGGAGAAAGAUAAAGGGUGGGUUCAAAAGGGUAAAGAUCCUCACCAAGAAAAGAAGGAUAGCCCCAGACAUGUUUUAGCUAAGCCAGAAAAGCUGACUCAGAUCAAACGUAAAGUAAAACAGGAUUCAGCUGCUGUGAAAUCCCAAGACAAUUCUUUCAAUUCUCUUUCUGUCUUUGAUUCUGUGGCUAAAGGUAAUCUUUCCUAUUUAGAAAAGAUCUUAAAAGAGAAUGAUAUUAACGCAGUAAACUCUGAAGAUGAAGCCCUCCUACACAUUGCAGCGGCUCAUGGGCAUACAGAAAUAAUUGACUAUCUAAUCAGCAAAGGGGCUAAGCUGGAAGUUAAGGAUAAGAAAGGAAGAACCCCGCUACACAGAGCUGCUGAGAGAGGUCAUGGCGACGCUGUGAAAAUGCUGCUCCAGUCGGGUGCCAACAUGUACACCUUGGAUCAGGAAGGCAAGAGCCCACUUCAUCUGGCCCAUCAGAACCACCACACCCAUGUUCUGAAGAGCAUCCUGAAAGAAGAGGCGAGGCGACACAAGAACCAACACAACUUCCUGCACAUGGCUGCUCUCAGAGAUGACAGUGAGCUGGUGCAAGCCAUCCUAAAGAAUGGUGCUUUGAAGGAUGCCAAGGAUGAGAGAGGACAGACUGCUUUGGGCUAUGCUGUGUCUCGAGGGUUUGAGAAGACUGUCCAGGUUCUCCUGGAAGCUGGAGCCAACAUUGAUUCCAGCAUCAUUGAUGUAGCCUUUAACAGCAACAGUCAAUCUCUCUUCAAGUUAUUGCUGGACUAUUCCAAAGGCAUGUCGCCGGCUACGAUGGUGUCAGCUCUCUUUAAAGCCGUUCAAAAGGACCUGCAUGGCAUCGUAGCAGCUUUAAUUGACAAAGGUACCGACAAAAACGCCCUCAACGAAGCACAGUACACACCACUGCUUGUGGCAUGUGAGAUGGGCAAGACCGAGUCAGCAAAAGUUCUCAUUGAAAAGGGAGCGAGCCUGACGGACAAGACCCCAAACUCAAGCAGUGCUUUACAUCUGGCAGUUCAAGCUGGAGCCUCCUCCAUUGCAAAGAUGCUCCUGAGCAAAGGAUUGGAUGCCAACAUUGCCGGGCAGGGAGAUCAGACCCCCCUCCAUGUGGCCGCAUUGCACAAUAAGGGAGGGGUAGUUGACUUAUUAAUUGACGGAGGUGCGAAAAUUGACUCGGUCACUAAAGAACUGCUCACUCCCUUGCACGUUGCAAGUUAUAAGGGCCAUGUGGAAGUUGUGCAAAAGCUGCUGCGGCGAAAGGCUAAUGUCAACGUUAAGGAUAAGCAGGCAAAGACAGCUCUGCAUCUUGCUGCUGAUGCAGGAAACCCUGCUAUGGUAGAACUGCUGCUGAACUACAAUGCUGACUCCAAUGCAACCGACAAGGAGAAAAAGACCCCGCUUCAUCUUGCAGCCAUGGGAGGUCAUCUUAAUGCAGUGAAAGCGCUGUUAGCGAAGAAGUCCAGGUUUGGUGCCAAAGACAUGGACGGAUGCACAUCUAUGCACUAUGCCACCAUCAAUGGGAAUGUGGAGAUACUACAGGCCCUUCUGGCUGCUGGCAAGAAUAAAAAUAUCGAUGACAAAAAUAUUUGGAGGAAGACACCGCUACAUCUUGCAGCAGAACAUGGACACAAUGACCUAAUAAAUUUCUUCUUGAGCAACGGUUCAGCCAUUAAUGCUCUGGACAACAAUAAGGACACACCAUUGCAUUGUGCUUGCAAAGCUGGUCAUUUUAACUGUGUGAGCGCACUGGUCAGCUGGUCUGAGGGGGGUAAAGCAAAUCUACAGGCCACAAAUAGCCUGAAGAAGACUCCACUUCAAGUAGCAGAAUCCAGCCCAACUGAAAGCCAGGCUCAAAUUGUUACUCUUUUGAAAAAGAAAAUGUUAUUGAUAAGAUAAAUGUGCCAUGAAGAACCUAAAUAAGAAGCACAAGUUGUUUCUUAUUGCCAUCUAGUGCCUUGUUCUCACAUGUGUCUGGGCUGCCCUAUUUCAGGGUCAAUGCAGGAAAUCAGUGGUUGGAACUCUUGAUUAUUAACUAUUUUUAAUCAAAAUCUUAAAGGAGGGAGGGUUCCUAUAAACAAGCCCACAAAAUG